AUGGCGACCGAUGACAAGAAUGUUAUGGACGAUGUCCGAGAGGAAUACGGACAGCCGCGAAAGCUCAGUGUGGCGAGCGCAAAAGGUGUAGAUGCUGCUCGUCAUGGAGACAGAGCUCUUGCCAUCAUUGGCGAUGAGAGAGUUAGCCUGACAGAGGAAGAUAACAAGCGGAUUCGUCGCAAGACAGACAGGGUCAUACUCGCCAUUCUUGUCUGGGUCUACUUUUUGCAGAUUCUUGACAAGUCAGUCCUGGGAUACGGAGCCACGUUUGGACUGAAGGAGUCCACUGGCCUUACCGGAAAUCAGUACUCUCUGGUUGGAAGCAUCGCACCCAUCGCACAACUAGCAUGGCAACCAUUCUCAUCCUUCCUCAUCGUCAAAGUACCACAUCGCAUUCUGAUGCCUUCGCUGUGCCUGGGAUGGGGCAUUGCGCAAACGGCCAUGGCAGCGUGCCACAACUUCGGUGGCUUAAUGGCGGCUCGCUUCUUCCUGGGUCUUUUCGAAGCAGGAUGCCUACCUCUAUUCAGUAUCAUCACAUCACAGUGGUAUAGACGAUCUGAACAGCCUCUUCGAGUUGCUGCAUGGUACGGUACCAACGGCUUGGCUACGAUCGUUGCCAGUGCUCUGUCUUAUGGACUAGGGCAUAUCCCAUCUGAGUCCCUGGAGUCAUGGCAAAUCAUCUUCUUAUUUGUGGGCUUGGUCACUGUUAUAUCCGCGCCUUUCGUCUACUGGAAGCUCGACAACGACAUCCCCUCGGCAAGGUUCCUCUCUGAAGAGGACAAACCAAAGGCUAUCGAGCGACUGAGAGCAAACCAGACAGGGACAGGCUCACGCGAAUUCAAAUGGUCACAUCUUCUAGAACUUGCACUCGAGCCCAAGACUUAUCUCUGGAUCGGCCUCUCCCUCCUGUUGAACGUGGGAGCAUCAGUCACAAACACCUUUGGGCCACUCAUUCUGAACGGAUUCGGGUACGACAAGUACCUGACUUCCCUACUCAACAUGCCGUUUGGUGCGAUGCAAUUCAUUGUCAUCAUCGCCGCGUCCUGGGUGGUACAGAGAUUUCGAAACAAGUCGAUUUUCCUGGUGGCCUUGACCAUCCCAGUCAUUGCUGGCUUGGCUAUGCUUUACACCCUCAGCCACACGCCAUCUCACCAAGGUGCUCUCCUAGCUGGAUACUACCUCCUGGCAUUCUUGUUUGGCGGGAACCCUAUCAUCGUCUCGUGGAUCGUGGGCAACACAGCGGGCACGACCAAGAAGUCAGCCGUUAUGAGUGUCUAUAACGCCGCUUCAUCAGCUGGGAACAUCAUCGGCCCGCUGCUGUUCAAUUCCAAGGAUGCUCCGCAGUACAAGCCCGGUGUACGAUCGGUCCUUGCCAUAUUUGUGGCAUUGGCAGCAUGCACCGUCUUGCAAGCCUUCAAUCUGGUGUUCCUGAACAAGCUCCAAGAGCGCAAAAGAGUCGCGAACGGCAAGCCAGCGACAAUCAAAGACCGAAGCAUGGAAACCGAGUAUCAUGAUGCAGACGAGCAGCUUGAAAGUGACGACGUCGAGGCAGAUGCUCAUCAAGCGAGAAUUGGUGACCAAGCCUUCCUGGAUCUGACUGACAGGAAGAACGACGAGUUUGUCUACAUAUACUGA